AUGCUCACCACCUUUUCCUUCUUCCUCCUCUCCUUUCUCGUCCCCUCCCUCGUCGCGACAGGUACCGCGCCCCCCAUCGUCAUCCACACCUGGGGCGGCCCCUUCACCGUCGCCGCCGACGCCGCAUUCCACGCCCUCACCAACGCCCGGUCCGUCGUUGACGCCGUGCAAAUCGGCGGCGCGGCCUGCGAGGCCAACCAGUGCGACGGCACCGUGGGCUACGGCGGCUCACCCGCCGAGGACUGCGAGACGACCCUCGACGCCAUGAUCAUGGACGGCGACACCCUCAACGUCGGCGCCGUAGGGGCCCUGCGCCGAGUCAGGGACGCAAUCGCCGUGGCGGGACACGUCCUCCGGUACACGGAGCACACGAUGCUCGUCGGGGAGCUCGCCACCCAGUUCGCCACGCAGCACGGGUUCCGCGAGGAGGAUCUGGCGACAGACGGCUCGCGCGGCGCGUGUGAGGCGUGGAAGCGGAACCACUGCCAGCCCAACUCGAGGGUGGGCGUGCUUCCCGGCCCGAGGAGGUCGUGCGGCCCCUACUCGCCGUCGGGGAAUCGCGUCUCGGACGCGGCGCCAGAGGAGGGGGAGGAGGAGGGGGAGGAGGAGGAGGAGGAGGAGGAGGGAAGAGCGGGCGUCGUCGGGCGACGAGGACCAGGCCACGACACCAUUUCGCUCGUUGCUCUCGGCGAGGACGGCAGCAUGGCCGCGGGCACCACGACGAACGGCAAGGCGCACAAGAUCCCCGGCAGAGUCGGCGACGGUCCCGUUGCCGGCAGCGGCGCCUACGUCGACAGUCGCGUCGGAGGGUGCGGUGCCACGGGCGAUGGGGAUCUCAUGAUGCGGCUUUUGCCGUGCUACCAGGCCGUGGAGAGCAUGCGACAGGGCAUGUCGCCGGCCGCGGCUGCCGAGGAUGCGGUGAGGCGGAUGCUGGAUCGGUUCCCUCGCAUUCAAGCCGGCAUCGUCGUCAUGAACAACAAGGGCGAGCACGCCGCGGCGGCGAGUGGCUGGCGAUUUACAUAUUCGUUCCGCCGUCUAGGCAUGGAGAAGACGCAGGUCGUCGUGGUCGACCCCAUCAAUGGGAGUAAUGACUUGUAUUCAGAGUUGUAG